AUGGGGCCUUUUGCCAUUGCCCCAAAUGGAGCCUUACAGUUGGGCCGUCCAGGCACAGAUGGAGUACAGGGACUACAGACAUUCACCAUGACAAAUUCAGGCAAUCCUCAGCAAGGCACAUCUCUCCAGUGUGCACAGAGCUCUGAUGGACAGCAAAUUCUUGUGCCCAGCAACCAGGUGGUUGUGCAAACUGCAUCAGGAGAUGUGCAGACAUACCAGCUCUGCACCAAACCAUCGGCAAUCUCGCUGCCACAAACUGUGGUGAUGACGUCUCCCAUGACUCCUACAUCCCAGGCAUGUAGGACAGAUGACUCCCAAUUGAAAAGAGAAAUAAGAUUGAUGAAAAACAGAGAAGCUGGAGAAUGUCAAACAAAACAGAAAGAGUAUGUUAAAUGCCUGGAAAAACGAGUUGCAGUCCUGGAAAAUCAAAAUAAAACUUUUAUAAAAGAGUUAAAAACUUUGAAGGAUCCUUAUUCUUAUAAAAGUGUUUGA